UCCAGAGAUUUAUCAAAUCAGUCCACGUCUUUACUGAGACAAAAACUUCAGAACAUGGAGCCCAGUUCUACAGAAGGAGGGUCUGAGGAGAAGGCUGUUAAAAGUCCUCCAGCCAAAGUGAUACUCAAACAUGGCCAGGAGUUGGAGGAAGAGCAGGACCAGCUGGCCGAGCAUCAGCCUCUUGAGCAGGAAGACUUGAACUUUGAAAGGUGGAAGCGCAGGCCAAUUCCCAGGAGGACCCUCCACCAGAAAAUAGCCGACUUGAAGAAAUACCUGUGGAAUGCAGAAACCAACGAAUUCAUGGGACGUUCUGGCAAGAGCUGGAGCCUCAUCCUGCUAUUCUACGCUGGACUUUAUGUGUUUCUUGCAGCCAUGUUUGGAGGCUGUUUGUUUUGCCUCAUGUGGUCUAUUAGUCCCUAUCAUCCCACCUAUAACGAUAGAGUGAUGCCACCAGGUAUGACGAUGGCCCCGCACCUAGAAGGCCAUGAGAUUGCUUUUAAUGCAUCUGACCGCAAAUCCUGGAAAAAGUACGCCAGGUCUAUGGAUGAGUUUCUAAGACCCUAUAAUGACGGUGCCCAGGACAGGAAGAAUAUUCGCUGCACACAUGACGCAUACUUCAUGCAGGAUGACCUGGAGGAGAGCGCGGAGCGGAAGUCGUGCCAGUUUAAGCGGUCCUGGUUGCAGGACUGUUCGGGGCUGCAUGACCCCCACUAUGGCUACUCUCAGGGAAGGCCAUGCAUCUUGCUGCGAAUGAACCGGAUUCUUGGUUACUUACCUGGGCAGGGAAAACCAAUAAACGUGACUUGUGGAGUUAAGAAAGGACCACCGGAAGCUUUAGGAGAAAUCCAGUUUUUCCCUAGAAGUAUUUUUGACAUGAAGUACUACCCUUACUACGGGAAGCUCAGACAUGUAAACUACUCUUCACCUGUAGUGGCUGUGCGCUUUGCAGGAGUGCAGUACGACACUCACAUUCAAGUGCAAUGCAAACUGAAUGGAAAAGGAAUCAUAAAUGAUUCACCUACUGACCGCUACCUGGGCAGCAUGACCUUCUCUUUGGAUGUUGGAGCGUAAGGCAAAGACAAUGCUGCCAGCAGGAUGCUUCUAUAAUGAGAAAAUAUGUAUAAGAAAAGAGUUAUUUUUCAUGAAUUAUGUUAUUUCCCUCUCCUCAUCUUUCUCUUUAAUAUCAGUGUCUUCACAUGUGAAACAAAAUCCUCAAAAAGUAGAUUUUUUUUGGUGUGUGGCGUGUUGGCAUCUGCACCCACAACAACCAGUGCUGAGCACAAGAUGAGUGCAUAGUUACAAUUCAGCUCUUAUAUAUAUAUAUAUAUAUAUAUAAUUUAAUGAUUAGAUAGAUUAAUUAAACUUAAUUAUACUCUGCCCAGUAGUUAUUCCUGGCUAUGCAAAUUCAAUCAUGACUUUAAAACAAUAAUAUCAAAUUAGAAAUGUUGCCAUGUUAGAUUUUGGGUUUGUUUCCAUACUUUUGAGUGACCAAGUACUAAUUUGAUUAAAAAUAUAUUUUUCAAACAUGUAUGUUGUAAGAAUUCAAAGAAAUAUGUAAACACUGAAAACAAGACUUCUACUGUAC